AUGGCCUUGUUGUUCCUCAGGGACCCAUCUCUGGAUAUGACUAUCUCUCUGAAGAAGUAUCAAGCAAAUGCCAAAACUUGUGAUAUCAUCUUCUCAACUGUCAGUGAUGGUGAGUUCAAUAAGAUUAGCAAUCUUACGGACGCAAAGAAGAUUUGGGAUCUUCUCGUUGAAGUCCAUGAAGGGACAACCACUGUCAAAGAUUCUAGAGUUACUCGCCUCAUCAGUCAGUUUGACCGUGUCAUGCUUGAGCCCAAUGAGACCGUUUCUUCACUCUACGAUCGCAUGAGCACCAUCGUGAACGAGCUGAACACUCUCGAUGAUCACAAUAUCACUGACUUGAUGCAAAACAGAAGGUUUUUUCGAGCUCUCCCCAUGGACUACACUACUGUCUGUGAGCUGAUCAAGCAUAGAGCAGACUUCAAGGAAUUAACUCCCACCUGGGUUCUUGGAAGAAUCGUGUCCUAUGAACUUGACCAAAAAGAGAAGAGAUUGAUCCAUGGUUCGGGAUCCAGUUCGAAGAAGAACAAUGUUGCACUCAAGGCUAAGAAAUCGUCCAAGAAGAUUGUCAGCUCCAGUGAAGAAUCUGAAGAAUCAUCUUCGUCUGAUGAAGAAUCUAAUGACGAGCUUGCUCUUUUUGUGAAGAGGUUCAAUAAGAAGUUUGGAAGUAAGUUUGAAAACAAACUGAAGUAUCAAGGUGAAUCCAGCUCCUCCAAGUUUCGGAAAUCAGCUCAUCGGAAGAAUUCUGAUAUGGCCAAAAGAGCUUGCUUCAACUGUGGCAAGAAAGGCCACUUCAUUGCUGAGUGCCCCGAGAAAGCUGAUGAAGACAAGGAGAAGAAAAGCUUCAAGAAGCACUCUCACAGGAAGAACCAUGAUCGUCACAAGAAGAAGGAUUGGAAAAAGGACUCCGCUCACAAGAAGAAGGAUUCAUCAGAAGAUGACUCCGGAGACGAUUGUUCCUCACUAUCAUGCUUCAUGGCAAAAUCCUCUAAGUUCAUCAUUGAGAAGCAAGAAGACCUGCUUAUCACUGAGAUCAAGAAGAACACUAACAUGGCUAAUGAACUCAAAAGGCUCAAAUCUAAGUUUCGGGCCAUGGAAAAGGUUCAUAAGGAUCUGAAGAAAACUCAUGCUGAGAUUAGUCUUAACUAUGUUUCGAUUAAACUCGAGCAUGAAAAUUUGAAGAUUUCUCAUGAGGACAUCCAAACUGAGAAUCUUGAUCUCAAUGCUAAGCUAGUUGACUUACCUCAACACGGUGAUUCCUCUGAAGUAUGCCCUAAAUGCAAUUCUUCAGUGAACAACAUUCCUCAAAUCACCACUUCACAUGCUGUGACUCAAACUGAUUUCCCUGAUUCAUCCGAUAUUGCUUCUAGCUUUACUACUAUUGGUGAAUCUUGCUCUGUUGUCACUAACCCUUCACCUAGUGAUCUUUCACUGGCUGAAGAAAAUGCUAAGUUGAAGAUGCAGAUUGAGGCUGGUAUCCUCAAGUGUCACCAAGGGACUGAAACCUUGAACCAGAUUCUUGGUCUUCAAAUUCCUCGCCGACGCAAGGAUGGUAUCGGUUUUGAGAGGAAGUACAAUGUUAAUGGUGAUGCUUGA